GUGUGCGCGCGCUAGAAGUGUCUUUUGGUCGAGAGAGAGAGAGAGAGAGAGAGAGAGGAACAUCCACAGAUGUGUUAAGGGGGUCAUUGGAGUUUUGCUUUUGUUUACUUCUCUAUUUUUAUGGCGCAAAACUAAUAUGGACACGGAGUGGCGAUUGCGCAGGCAUUGCGGAUAAUUACCUCUGUGCGCGCUGAGAGGAUUUUUACGCGGAGUCGCCAGGAACCUACGGAGAACCUGCAGCUCCAAAACUCGCCUGACCGAUCUUCUGGAGUUGAAAACUAUCAGUAUCAAUAACGCACAGGGAUAACAAUCAAAAAAUGACUAUAGAUAUAAGGUUGCUGCAUCCACCUACGCGCAUUUGGUGAUUUGUAAAUCAGCAGCUGGUGUCCGGACGGAUGUUUGGCGUAAACGAGCACGAACACGGAGCAGAAGCGAAGUGACGGGAUCAGGAGAGCCGUUUGGAUUUUGGCUACAUUGGAGAUCGUUCAUCAUGGUGACCAUAAAGCCCUUUAAUAAGGCGUUUAUCGACUGCGUGGCUCUUUUGUUCUGCCUGGCCGUCAUGUUUGAGUUCGCUUUGGCUCAAAAUGACACGGAACCCAUCGUCCUGGAGGGCAAAUGUCUGGUUGUUUGUGACUCGAACCCCGCCGACUGGAAGAGCUCGUCCUCGCCGCUCGGCAUCUCCGUGCGCGCCGCCAACUCCAAAGUGGCUUUCUCUGCGGUGAGAAGCAACAACCACGAGCCCUCUGAGAUGAGCAAUAAAACGAGAAUCAUCUAUUUUGACCAGGUUCUUGUCAACAUAGGAAAUUAUUUCACGCUGGAAUCCGUCUUUCUUUGUCCCCGGAAAGGAGUCUACAGUUUUAACUUCCACGUUAUCAAAGUGUACCAGAGCCAGACUAUACAAGUGAAUUUAAUGCUGAAUGGAAAACCAGUCAUCUCUGCCUUCGCGGGUGACAAAGACGUCACACGUGAGGCUGCCACCAAUGGAGUCCUCCUGCACCUCAACAAAGAAGACAAGGUUUAUCUGAAACUGGAGAAGGGGAAUCUGGUAGGAGGAUGGCAGUACUCCACCUUUUCUGGCUUUCUUGUUUUUCCUCUGUAAAGCAAACAAAAAGACCGCCACCUUUGCUGUCCAGUCGUCAUUGUGUAACCAGCCCUUCAGCAUCAAUCGGAGGCACCCAAAUGGAAUCAUAAUUCCAGACAUUCAUUCAGCUGUUGUUUGCGGACUACUGGAAAAUGCGUCGGUGACGGUGAAUCUGGCGAGACGACAUCUACUUCAGUGCAAUAUCACUUUCUGCUAAGUCGAUCCAGGGUGCAACACAUCAUGUCAGACUGUUCGUUCAUUUCGUUCGUAUGUAUUGGUUUUUAGCGUGUGGUUUUUAGUGAAAUGAGGGAUCCUGAUUAAUAAGGUAAUUUCCUGUCCGAGAGGAAAUGCACGAAACAGUCUCGCCACUUGAAGGCGCAAUAUUUCAAUAACCUUGCACUUCACCAUGCGUAUUUAAAAAAAAAAAAAAAAAUGUAAAAAUAUCAUUGUUUUCAAGCAAAUACACCUUUAUAUGUAAAUUAGACUUGUUAAUGCUAAAUGUCAAUGCUGUUAGCCUGACACAAUUAAUGUGCUAUUUAUCGCCAUGAAAAGCAGAUGGUAAAAAAAAAAAAAAAAAACUUUAUUUAAAAGUGUUUCCAUUUGUUUCAUUUGAUCAAAUGAGAAUAAUGACCAUAUUUCCCAACAUGCUCUGUACUUUCUGCAUUUUAAAGCAUUGCAAUGGUUGAGUGAGGAGUCGCUCAUCCAAAAUCGCAUACUUCCCUACCAGGGCUUGACAUUAAAGGAUUAGUUCACUUUAUAAUUAAAAUUUCCUGAUAAUUUACUCACCCCCAUGUCAUCCAAGA